GCUGCAGGGUCCAUACGACGCGUGGCGCUUGAAGCUGCAGAUACGUCCUUGCAUGGCAGACGUCUUGAACGAGAUGCGAGACGCGUCGAUCAUCCAUCUAGCAUGCCACGGCCACCAGGAUCGCAACAGCCCGCUUGACAGCGGGUUUACCCUCCGAGACGGCCAGCUGACGGUAUCGGAAGUGAUGCGCCUGAAGCUCCCAAAUACACUGUUUGCGUUCCUCGCUGCGUGCGAAAGCGCUACGGGUGACCGAGAGCAACCUGACGAGUCGAUACAUCUCGGCGCAGCGAUGUUGUUCAUGGGCGUGAAGAGCGUCAUAGGAACGUUGUGGCCGAUGAACGACGCGGAUGGACCUAUGGUUUCUGAGAUCGUUUACGACGAGCUCUUCAAGAGCUAUCCUCGUCUAGACAUGCAGCGAGUACCGUACGCAUUAGACGCGGCGGCUAGAAAGCUUCGGGACGGAGGUGCUCAUUAUAGUCGUUGGGCUACCUAUAUUCAUAUGGGUAUCUGAAGGUUGUGCAUGCUGGUGGAGUAGCUAUAGGUCCUUAGCGUGAAACAUUCUCAAUAUGAGUCUGGC